AUGACAGCCACUCCCAUAGCCAAUCUUGGCAAUAUCGCCCGCGCCGAGUACAAGGCGUUAUUCGAUACAGAAGUUGCUAAAGGGAUCCGAGAACCCCUUGUUCUUCCUUUCUGCCUUAUUGGUCCCUUCCUUUUGCCUAUUGUCUAUUUGGCGAUCCCGCAUCGAAAUCGACCAUGGCUUUACCACGCACGAUGGCUUGUUGUCGCUUUUGUGGUUGCGUUCGACGCCUAUAUGAUUCGAAAUAUGUCUAGCUACAACGUCGCUCCAGCAUAUGCGUCAGGUCUCAUGGGCGGAUGGGGUAUCUUGGCAACUCUGAAUCUCUUAGUUUGGACCAAUCCGCAACUCGACUAUGCCAGAGUUGUCAAGAUUCCCAAGAGCAACAAGUCGCAAACAUCAUCAAAACGGGUGUCCAACGAUGCUGCUAAUGGAUCAAGCGAAGAAAGCAUUGUUCGACAGCGAAAAUCUUAUCACGAAGUCAUUGCAGUUUCAGAAGACAUAGAAACCCAUGCUAAGAAUGGGAGGUCCAAAGAUGUGGUUUACGUAUGGCAGAAAUUCCCUGAAAACCGAUCGUUCGGCGAACGGCUUAACUGGACACUUGACCUUGCUACAAACUUUAGGGAGAUUGGCUGGAACUGUUCUAUCUCUUCCGUACCUAGACCAGAUAUCCCAAGCAAUAUUCACGAUGGGGAUCUUGUGUCCUUCGAUAACAUGCCCAUGGUGUCUAGAAGCGGCUACUAUCGUAACUUGACCGAGAGGGAGUUUGUCUGGAGCCGUGUUCGCAGAGUCCUCCUCCUCACUUUUCUCUUGGACUUUUGCUCUGUGGCGAUGGUCAAGGAUCCCUACUGUGCCUAUGGCCCCGAUCAAGGACUUGAGCUUCCUUUAUUCCUUCAGCGGCUUCCUCCGUGGUUACGUUUUGUCUAUCGCGAGCUGCUUUGUCUUGUUGGCAUCUAUGCUGCCAUCGAUGCCAUUUUUAGCUUGCAUGACCUUUUUCAGUUCUACGUUUUCUCCUACUUUUAUCCCAUACGAAGAGAGUUAUGGCAGUACACCAACAUCUUCGGUCCUAUCUCGCAGGUGCUUGAUAGAGGUCUUGCUGGUUGGUGGGGGGCGUUCUGGCAUCAAACCUUUCGUCUCCAGUUUGUUGCGCCCGCCAAGUUCCUCGCUGACCAUGGCUAUAUUCAAAGGGGAACACUACGUGCUCAAAUUGUUACCAUGUGUUUAUCUUUUAUACAGUCCGGUUUACUCCACGCUGGUGGAAGUAUGUCGUCUAUGCCAAGCACAAAACCCUGGAGAAGUCCCCUCUUCUUUGUCCUGCAGCCUCCUGGCAUUAUCCUACAGCUUCUUUUGCUCCAGACUUUGGACAAGCAUUUCCCCAGUAUCCAUCAAAGGCUCCGGCAGACAUUCAAUGCGGUAUUCACUUUGGGAUGGCUCUGUCUCACCGCAUUUUUCUUUACUGACGAUAUUUCAUCUUCGGGUAUUUGGCUUCUGGAACCUGUGCCUAUUUCCCCUCUGCGCUGGCUUGGUUUCGGUCACCCAGACGAUCAUUGGUGGCGAUGGAGGAGGUAUAUGUUCCCAAUCUGGCAUUCGGAUAAGUACUGGUGGAAAAGUGGUAUACAGCUUUGA